UUUGAGCAAAGUUCACUUGCUGGGCAACGUUGUUUCGCCCUAUUGCGAUUUUUAUUUCCUCUGUUCGCAAGAGCCGGCAUUUUUCGCAUUUCUUUGCAAUUUUUACCCGUUUUCUCAACCAAAAAUGGCUUUGGAAUUGGUAUCGAGGUCCAGGUGUUUUGAAGGUGAACAACGUGUGUACAGCCAUAACUCUGCCGUGCUAGGAUGUGAGAUGAAAUUUGGUGUUUUUUUGCCACCAUGUAUGCUGGAAGGUGAAAAAACUGAAUGUCCUGUACUCUACUACCUCUCGGGAUUGACGUGUACACACGAGAAUUUCAUCCAAAAGUCUGGUGUGCAACAAUACGCUGCCAAAGAAGGUAUUUGUGUGGUAAAUCCGGAUACAUCGCCGCGCAAUGUCAACAUUCCCGGCGAGGAUGCUUCAUACGACUUUGGCUCGGGCGCUGGUUUCUAUGUGAACGCAACCAAAGAACCCUGGUCCAAGAAUUAUCAUAUGUAUUCUUAUGUCACUGAAGAGUUGGUGGAAUUAGUGAACAAGAAUUUUGCUGUGUUGCCAAACAAGAAGAGCAUUUUUGGUCAUAGCAUGGGUGGCCAUGGUGCAUUGAUUUGUGCCCUGAAGAAUCCCGGCCAAUAUCAGUCUGUGUCGGCCUUUGCUCCCAUCGCCAAUCCCAUGGAAAGUGAUUGGGGCAGAAAAUGUUUCGAGGGUUAUUUGGGCGACGACAAGGAGUUGUGGAAACAAUAUGAUGCCACUCAUUUGGCCCAAUCGUAUGCCGGCUCCCCUCUGGAGAUUUUCAUUGAUCAGGGCAGCGACGACAACUUUCUGCCUCAAUUGCUGCCCGAUAACUUGCUGAAGACUUGUGCUGGCAACGAUCAUUUACAAACCGUCUACAAACUUCGUCAAGGAUACGACCAUGCUUAUUACUACAUUGCUACCUUCAUGGGUGAACAUUUGGCCUAUCAUGCCAAAUUUCUGAAGAAUUGAUAGUCGGGGAGUUUAAUGGAUUUGAAUCACCUCAUGUCAAUCUUUAUUUGUAAUUAUAAUGUAGAAAUUCACUUUAAGGAUUUCCUAAAACUUUUGUGUGAAUAAUUUUUUUUCUUCUUGUUUUUCCUUUUAUAAUAUAUUUACCUUACUAAUAUAUA